UUGCCAAACUUAACAAACAUGUCAAUCAGCUGUAAAAACAUUUUCUUAGCAUCUGCGAAUUUAUUUAUUUAAUUCAAUAAAUUUUUAACAAUGUCCACUUACUAUUUUGUUAUAGUUGGACACAAUGACAAUCCCAUAUUCGAAAAAGAGUUUAGCACACUGAACAAAGAACAGCGUAAAGAGGAUCACAGGCAUCUCAACCAGUUCAUAGCACAUGCUGCAUUAGAUUUGGUAGAUGAGCACAAAUGGAAGACAGCCAAUAUGCAGUUGAAAAGUAUAGAUCGCUUUAAUCAGUGGUUUGUGUCCGCUUUCAUUACAGCGUCCCAGAUACGCUUCAUCAUUGUGCACGACAACAAAAAUGACGAGGGCAUUAAGAACUUCUUUAAUGAAAUAUACGAUACCUAUAUUAAGCAUUCAAUGAACGCGUUUUACAAAAUCAACACGCCCAUCAAAUCAGCGAUGUUUGAUAAGAAGGCGGAUAUCUUUGGGCGCAAGUACUUGUUAUCGUAAUUCACUAAUUUUUUAGUUUGAUAGAACUAGUACUUGUAAUAUAAAUUUUAUUAAAACUUCGUUUGUAGUUAAAA